UAUGCGCAUGGCCUUAAAGAGCGCACAAUCGCACACCAUUCUACUGUCUUCGUCGCUUCAGAUUCUACUUGUACCGUAGCGAGGUAAUGCUCGCACAACAUGAAUGCUAUUCGUUCGAAUCAUCUCCAUGCAAUCUCGGUUGCUUCUCCAUUCAGUCUUUUUGAGAUUUCUACUUUUCAGAAUACCAUAUCGGUUCAUUUUAGAACACGAAUUUGUUGAUGGGGUUUUCACCAUGACUAUAUGUUUCAGCAGAUAAUCGGUGCUGGGUUUGAUUGUUUUAAAUCAGAGUGUGGUUUUGUUUGAACAGUUGGGGGAUAUUUGAGUACUUUGUGAUGAUUUUUGCUUGGUUUUGAGAGUUUUGGCGUGCAUGGUUUUGUUGGAUCCACAUAGGAAGUAAUGGGGAAAAAGGCUAAAAAGAAGGCAAAAAACAGUAGUCAUAAGGAGAAGCGGGUUUCUUCUGGUUCUCCUCAAACAGUUCCCCAGUACUCGAAUCCAGCAGAUGAGAUUAGGCAUGACGAAGAUGCAGUAAUAAAAGAGAGAAAAGGAUGUACCCAUAUUGAGAAGGGCGUUAAUUUGGAGAAAAUCUCUUCAAAAAUUGGGUCAUCGGAGCAUGUUAAGUGCGAAGAUUGCAGGGAAGGUGCUCUUGACCGGAAGGCGGGUAAGGGAAAGAGAAAACAUGGAAAGAAGAAAGGAGCAAGUUCUAUGGAGGCAACGCCGGAAAAAAAAUCCAUUUGGGUGUGUUUGGAUUGCGGGCAUUUUGCAUGUGGAGGGAUUGGUUUGCCAACAACACCUCAAAGCCAUGCCAUUCGGCAUGCCAGAAGUAUGGGCCACCAUUGUGUAAUUCAGUACGAUAAUCCUCAUCUACGCUGGUGUUUUCCAUGUGAGUCACUAAUUCCAGUUGAAAAAUCAGAAGAGAAUGGCAAGCAGAAAGAUAUCUUAUUGGAUGUUGUGAAAUUAAUCAAGGGACGAUCUGUAAAAGUCUCCAUGCAUGAUGUUGAAGAUGUUUGGUUUGGCAAUGGUGCGGACAAAAUUAAGUUAGAUGAUGCUCAAUCACAACUUAUAGAUGGAAAAGGUGCUUAUACAGUCCGUGGCUUAGUUAACCUUGGGAAUACCUGUUUCUUUAAUUCAGUAAUGCAGAACUUAUUUUCAAUGGAUAUGUUGCGGGAUUACUUCAUGAAGCUGGAUCAGUCUGUUGGUCCUCUUACUAUGUCUUUGAAAAAGCUCUUUAGUGAAACAAGUCUGGAUGUGGACCCGAGAAAUGUACUGAACCCAAAAGCCUUGUUUGGAUGCAUUUGUUCAAAAUCCCCACAGUUUAGAGGAUACCAGCAACAAGACAGCCAUGAGUUGCUCCGAUGCUUACUUGAUGGGCUAUGUACAGAGGAAUUGAGUGUGAGAAAAUUGCGCAAUUCUUCUGGGAGAGAUGCAACUACUUCAACUUCAAAUCAGGGCUCCACUUUCAUAGAUAUGAUAUUUGGAGGCCAACUGUCAAGUACUGUUUGCUGUCUGGAAUGUGGGCAUUCCUCCAUUGUAUUUGAGCCCUUCCUAGAUCUCUCACUGCCAGUCCCAACUAAGAAACCUCCAUCGAAAAAAGCAACCCCAGUGUCCCAUCSUAGGAAAACAAAGCUUCCUAUGAAAAAAGGCAGAAAGGUUCGUGUAAAGGGGAAUACUGAUGCAACCACUCAAUUGGUUCAAAGUGAGCUAAGCCCUUCAGAAAGCAGUGAGUUUUCUUGCCCACUACAUUCUAGCAUUUCUUUUGUAGAAAAGAAUGCUGUUUCACUUGAUAAUAUUACAUGGCUUGAUUAUGCAGGGCCAGAUGAAGCUUCCCAUGACUUAGACUUGAAUUCACAAAACCUUGAUGUCUCAGCUAUUCAAGAUGCUGAAAACAGCAAAGUCUUUCAGAAUGUUGAAGAGCAAACAUCUGCUUCCCUGGAUCAGCUUUCAUGGUUGGAUUACAUUGACCCAGUGAAAGCACCUGCAGACAAUAAUUUGGUAUCACAAGACUAUGAUAUCUCGGUUGUUCAGGAUUCUGAAAACCAGCAGGUGAUCCAAAGUGGCAUACCACAGAAUGGCUCUGAUUCACAAAGCUGGGCUUGUUCAACAAAUGGAGAAUCAAAAUUGGAACAUAGUUCUUCUCAGAGUAAUCCCUGUGAGGAUGAACUCCCUUUACAGAUUCAAGGUUCUGAGGUUCUGUUACUUCCAUACAAGGAGGAUAACUCAAACAAUGAGGAGAUGAUGAGAAGAGAAACUGAGACCUUCACAUGUGUUGCAGGCUGUGAACAAGAUACAUUAGAGUUUGAUGGCUUUGGGGACCUAUUUAAUGAGCCUGAGAUGCCUGCUGUAACUAAUGCAGAAUCCUGGUUAUGUGACAGUAAUUUCCAGUUCCAGGCAAGCGAAGUGACAGACUCAAGUUUCUUAGCUGCAAACAGCAGUGAUUCUGGUCCAGAUGAAGUUGAUAAUACAGAUGCCCCAGUUUCUAUAGGUAGUUGUUUAGCUUAUUUUACAAAACCUGAGCUUCUAACCAAGGAGCAUGCUUGGCAUUGUGAGAGGUGUUCGAAGAUACUGCGAGGCCAAAGAAGGGAAUAUAGGGAGAACCUCCAGCAGACCGCAUCAAGGACUGGGGAAAAAGCAGCUAAAUUGAGAAGGAAAAAUUCUCCAUUUGGUUCAGAUGAUGAUUCCUUGAAUCCUGUUAAUUACAGACAUUUGGGUAAUGGAAAGCUUGAAGGCAAUAAUGUUUCCACCACCACUACUGAAUGUUUGAUUCUUCAUACUGAGAAACCUGAUGAUUCAAAACCAAAAUGUACCAAUUGUACAAACAAUCAAAUGGGAAAGGAAGUUUAUUCAGGGUUGGUAGAGCCUACAUGUAGUUCUCCAGUUGAUCAUCCACAGAUUUCUCCAAGGGAUAAAGGUAUUGGUAAAUUGGAACAUGCUUCUCGAGAGUCAUCACCAAGCUCAGGUCAUUGUAAAUCCAUCAGCCAAAUGAGUUUUGGGGCUCAAACCACUGAUUCAUCUAGUCCGGAUGAAUCUACUAAUAUGGUACACAAUGCUGAUAAAACUCAACCUCCAAUAUCCCAGUUAAUGACUAGUGAUAAGGAAUUGGAUGACAGUGCGGAUGAGGAAAUGGACUCUGAAAACGUAAAGGUUAAGAGAGAUGCGACUAAAAGGAUUCUCAUCAAUAGGGCACCACCUAUUCUCACCAUUCAUCUUAAGCGGUUCAGCCAAGAUGCUCGUGGUCGCUUGAGUAAAUUGAAUGGUCAUGUCCAUUUUAGGGAUGUAAUUGAUCUCAGGCCAUAUAUGGACCCCAGGUGUGGGGGAGAAAGGUGUGACUACAGUCUGGUUGGGGUGGUGGAGCACUCUGGGACCAUGAGAGGCGGCCAUUAUGUUGCCUAUGUGAGAGGCAGAAAAGGCAGAGGGAAGACCAACAAUGGAGACGGGGAGUACACAUGGUACUAUGCUAGUGAUGCUUAUGUACGGGAGGUUACCCUUGCAGAAGUCCUCCAGAGGCCCUUUGAUUACCCAAACAUCCCCUCUUCGUGAUUCUACGCAAGAAGACAAGAAGACACAAACAUGGAAGGCUACCACUGUGUCUAGACACUGUCCGGAUCAGGUACGCACACUGUUCAUAAGGGCAUUUUAACUUUAAAAAUGAUAUAAAAUAAGGAAUGUCAAAUGCAUCCUAAAAUCAGGUGUAGAAUAUUUAUUGUGUUCAUCUACUGUGAUUACAAUGCUGUGCCUACUAGAUCGGGAGUCGUCUGGGCAGGUUUCAGCCAAGGUAAAAAAGUAUUGAUACGAUACGAGUUUCGGCCGAAUUGUAUCAGCACUUAGAAACGGCCAAAACUCUUAUUUAUUUUUUUUUUUCAAACUUUGGUUUUUUGGGAAGCUUUGAGCAUGCUUUUUAUUAUUAAAAAAAAUUGGGGGUCCGAAACCCCUGAAAACAGGCGUUUCGGAUUGUAUAAUUUUCAAAAGAUACG